AACAAUUGGAAUAAUGGCGGCCACCAUGUAAGGCUGAAGUCUGCUACAUAAGCAACAAGAAAUGACAGAAAUGUGAUGAAUUUUGUUCAGCUCUUACGGAAGGCGAAUGACCUCAAGGUACAACUGACAGCGGAAGGUGGAAGUGAUGCGUGGGUGUCUCGGCAGGCCUUGCAAGAUGCCUUCCAUCAGCUGCUCCUCCUGGAUCUGGAGACAGCGCUGGAUAAGAAGCUAGAGCAGGAGCUCUGGAACCAUGUCUUCAAGAACCACAUCUCAUCGCUGCAGCACAAGGCCCGUGAUCGUAUGAACCCCAAGAGAUCAGAAGUUCAAGCCAUGCUUUCCCUUCUCCUUGACAAUGCCAGUGGUUUCUACAUCCAGCUCCUGCAAGAGAUCUGCAGUGCAUUCAGCGUGCAGCUGAUGUGUCGCAUCAAAGCACAACGCCUGGGGCUGUUCCAAGAAACACUGCCCUCAUCUCAGAAGCCUGUCCAACCCAAGGCUGUAUCAUGCCACUACAUCUGUCAGCACUGUCUCGUUCAUCUAGGAGAUAUUGCUCGUUACCGUAACGACACCCACCAGGCAGAGAGCUUCUAUUGCCAUGCAGCCAGCCUGGUGCCAUCCAAUGGUCAGCCCUACAACCAGCUGGCCAUCGUCUCGGCCACUAAAGGUGACCAACUGUCCAUGGCCUUCUACUACAUCCGGAGCAUAGCGGUCAAGCAUCCCUUCCCAGCGGCUGCCACCAAUCUUCAGACCACCUAUGCCAAGCUGGUUGACCGGGAUGAGGUGAAGAUCUUCAAGAUGCGUGAGGUGGAGCUCAUUCACUACUUCAUCAAGUUCCAUGCCAUCAUCUACCUGGCUUCCUGUGAACAAGACCUUCAAGUAGCCAGCUCCAUUAAGGACAAGUUAGAGGAGAACUUCCGCAGCCACUUGUCACAGGAGAUCCUGACCAGUCGCCAGCUGACGCAGAUGGCAGCCAUCAAUCUCUUUGCCCUGCACAGUAUCCGCCAGCACACCAACAACGGCGAGCGUGGAACCAAAAUGGCUACCACAGAUCUGGGCGGAAUGGUUGGGGUUCAAGACCUGGGACCGUAUGCUGCGAACAACCUGCAGUGCUGGACUCUGGUGAUGGGAUUCACAUUCAAUCUACUCCAGAUGAUGCUGCACUAUGCACCUCAGAAGGGAGGGGAAUCCCCGGUGGAUGCUUGGCCAGGUCUACCGGCCGUGCGUCUUGUCCUGGGCUGGAUCUACCUGCAGCCAGCCAUCUUUGAUGAUCCUGUACUCUCCAACAAGACUGGGGUAUGGAGCAAGCUUGGUCGUGUGCUAACAUCCCUCCAAGUAGAUGCCUCACCCCAGGUAGAUGAUUCUACCAGCUCUCUACCCCUCCCUGAAGACAAUCUUCUUGAUGGGUUCUCACCACAACAGGAGUUUCAAAGGGAUCUCGACUUUGGUAAGAACAAGCGACAAGGUUGGAAUCGGAAUGCUAUCAACCAGGAGAGAAGUCAGAGACUAAGCAGUCAGGGAAAGUGGCUUGCUCAUCACCAACCAAGUCUGCUCAAAGUCGAGACAAACCCCUCAAACAAGCUUGUCUUUACAAGUCCUCUGGGAGAUGAUGUAACGUCACGGAGAUCCUCUCAUCACCAACAGAGACAACAGAGGGCAGCAAAGGCAGCUACUAACAUCAAAGGUACAGAGACAUCAUCCAGAGUGGCAUCGAUAGAGAAAGACACUCCCAAGAAGAUUGCAGGAGCGCAUAGGAAAGAUGGAAGCAGAGACAGAGGAAGUGAAGAGAACCAUAGCAAGACAAUAGCUGUUCAGGCAAUAAUGUCAAGGCCCAACAGUGAUGUGAAUAAGCCUACAGCGAUCUUUAAAGGUCAAGGUCAAGAAAGAACGACUGGUCAAGGAAGCAGCUCAAAGUCCUCCAAGUCUCCGAGCAGUGGAACCACCAAAGACUUGGAAGGAUCCAAGCGCCAUGUCCAAUGGCAGAACCCUCCCCAUGCCUUUGCCCAGGAGCCUGCAUCUUACUACCCUCCAAAACCACACCCUACCUCUCAGCCCCACCCGAAUGCACAACCACACCUUGGACCGGGAGCUGCACAACCGGGGCAGCAACCCCAGGCUCCAGGCCUCGCCCCUGCCCCACGACACCCUCCUCCAUCAGGCCCAUAUCCCCAACAAGGGGGCCAACAGCGCCUCCCACACCCCUAUGGUCACCCACCCCCUCCAGGCCCUCCACCACCUGGUGUUCCUCCACCCUCUAUGGGCAUGCCCCCGCCCGAUCAAAUGUACCCUCCACCACACAUGGGUCCCCCACCGUCGUUCAAUCCUAGCUCCCAGAAUGCCCCGCCCAGGGCGAUGCACCCUCCCCCUCCCAGACCAAUGGGUCCCCCUCCAAUGCCCCACAUGGCACCCCCAGGAUGGCAGCAGCCUCAUAGGGAUGUCAGCAGGGAUGGACAACCAACACAUCUUCCAAGAGAUGGCCCACCUUCGCCACGAGGAGUACCUCCUCAUAUGCAACCACCUAAGGUCCAGAUUCCACCACCGAUGCCCCAAGGAACCCAAAUGUCCCCCAAUUCUAACAUGCCCCAGCCACCGGGCCACCCCCACCACCAGGGCAGUUGGCCGACCAGGCCUGGUCCAAUGCCCACUGUUGGAGAGCGGCAAGAAGACCAUCCUACAGGUGACACCAUGUCCAACAUCAGCAUGUGGAAUGCAGCCAUGCAGGACAAACUAACCCAUGCCCACAUGCAGAGGGGUGGACCGCCAGACAUGCAACAGUACCAGCAACAAGGGCAGCAAGGCAUGGGAAGGGAUACAAGCCCUAUGCGUAGCCCCAUCGACAACUCCACACAAUUCAGGCUGUCUCCUUCGGUGGAGGACUUUGGUCAAGGGCCAGUGCAGGCUAACCAACCCCCAAGAAGGAUGUCCAACCCUACAGAAAUGCAGAUGCAGGGCUUUGGGCCAAACCAAAACUUUGAUCAGGGUCGGAUGAACUACAUGCCAUCCAUGGCCAAGCCGCAUGAGCAUCAAGUUCGUAUGCAGCCGCAGCAGAAGCAGCAGCAACAGCCAAGCGGAGGACCCCCUCCGCAGAUCCUAGACAACCAAGGUGCCAAUCUCCUUGAGUUGCUUGCGAAGAUGCAGCGGCAGAUUGUUCCAGAGAAUCCCAUCGGCAGUGGCAGCAGCAGAACCAAGAUGCGCUAUUCUCCCGAAGAGCACUCUGUGGACUCCUUCCGUGCCAACUUGGACAACCCCAGUAUCCAGCAGAAGAAUCUCAGAGAUCCUCCAGGAUUCCGCAAUGCCUCGGAGAGGUUCUAUGAUGAUCAGCUGGCCAAGAACAACGGGAGGUCUGGUGGGCCGGAUUACUACAGCAUGCAGCAAGGGGACCAGAGGGGCAUGAUAGGGUACAACCCACUUAGCAACAAGUCCCAGGGAGGGUCAGCAUUCAGGAAGGUGCAACCACAGCAGCCUGAUCGAGAAGACUCAUUGUUUCCCCAGUCAGACUUGGAAUCCAAAGGCUCCAGAUCAUACGAGCCAGGGGAUCCUUUUUCAUUCUUCACAGGAUCUUCAAAUCAGCAGGAGAAGCAGCAGCAUUCUCAGCGGCAGCAGCUUUUGGGUGGGGACAUCUUUGGGCAGGAGUCAGGGUUGCAGGAACCAACACAAUCUUUCCAAUACAGGAGAUCCUCUGGAGGACUGUAUGAAAACUCCACCCCUGGCUUUACGUCCUCCCAACCCCAAACAUCUGGCUCGGAUAACACCUGGAGAAUGGAGAACAGAGAGGAUGGCAACCAGCAUCUCCGUGGUAUCUUCCCUGGUCCCAAAGCAGGAGGAGGAGCAGGAGGGACUGGAGGUAGUGGUGCUGGUAGCAGUGCUGGUAGGAGGGGGUCAGAGGAGAUGACGUCUGCUGGUUAUAACGCUCGUUGGACGGGCGACGCCCAGGAGCAGAUGGCGGGUGAGGGCACCAGACGCCCUUCCCAGGAUGCAUUGUUUAAUCAGAUGAACUCUGGAGGCAGUGGUCUGUUCCAACGGGAAUCAUACAUGGAACAGGAACCCUCGGCACCCUACCCUACACCACAGCAUCACCAGUCAACUACAUCCAAGAACAGCUACUUCUCUGGUAGUGCUUUGAAAGGGAAGCAGUCCGAUGAAGAGAAUGCUUUCUCUAGCAGUGGCAGUAGCUAUUCCCUCUUCAGCUCACCCUCCCCCUGGUCAUCUAGACAAGAAGAAGAUGGAGGAGGAAUGAGUAAGUCUGGAGAGGGUCUUGGGAGUACACUGGGGCUCAAAUGGAGAGAGCCUCAGCUAUCAAGCUCACCAACCAGCAGCUUGCUGCCAGAGAGGAUACAGAGUAUCUGGUCCAGCCCAAUGCGCUCCGAGCAGUCACCCCUGGAGAAGAUCCUAGGCCACACGGUAAGCCUGGAACAACAGAAGCCCGACACGUGAAGGAAAGUCGCAGGAUGACAACCUAAUCCCUGUGGAUGGUCGGACGGUCGCGGACGAUCCACUGGCGGUUAGGAGAGAAGAAACCAAAACUAUCCAGCAACUAAAACAUCAAGAUCAUCAACCAGAAAAUAACAAUGAGCACAAGAAGCUCCUAUAACACGUAGAGAAGAGGAAAGAGGGAGAGAGAAGGAGAGCACAGCCGAUCCGGUUGUAUCCUUUCUCUCUGCAUUAUCCUAUUCUAUAGGGUGUUGACUUCAGGACUCUACUACAAAUAAAUACUGUGUUAUUGAAUCAUUAAGGUCAUUUACACUUGUUUUGUUGUCAUCUAUAGGCCUUGGAAAAGUGUUCAGGAUAUACGUACAAACAAAAUGUCAUUUACAGUUAUUUUGUUAAUAACGUUGAUAGGCCUAUGAAGAGAGGUUCAGAUUUAACGUACGUACAAAAGUGACAUCCUUUGCACUUUUUCCGAGAUUUCUUUAGGCCUACUAAGAGUGUUUAGGAUAUGUAGUUACAUAAUGAAGCUUUAUUUCAUUCUUCUUUUGACAAAUCUUGUAACAUGUGAAUGUUACAGUGAAGCUCUGAGAUGUGUGUUAGCCUAUAGGAGGCUCAGGAGGUAUUAUACCUGUAGAGGGCACCAGAACUGCAAGCAUUACAUCAUUCAUGAGAAGAGAUUGAAUUGAGCAGAAAACUACUGUAGGCUAGCAAGAGACCAUGGCAAAGAGUAGCACGUUCUGAUACUUGUAAACACGUUUACAUGAUUGAUUUUGUUAAUUUUUUAGAUAGUAUCGAUCAGUUUGUUGAUCUGUUAUAACAAAUAACAUAGACUCAAGAGAAGAAUUAGAGAGUGAGAUGAAAUGUCACAGACUUGCUACCUGUUGAGGUGUACAAAGAUGGCUGUGAAAUCUUAUAGUGUUUAUGUAUAUAAUGCCCAGCAUUUGAACAAGGUCAAAUCUGCUGCAGUUUGCGAUGUCGAGAAUGAAAUAGUGUGAGCAGAAGAUAAAUGCAAGAAGCAGCGUCUGUAAUUCUUUUUUCCAAAGGUGUUGUUCACACUUGGUACUACAAGGUGGAAAGAAAAGAAAAAUGAGCAAAAGAGUGCAGAAAGAAAAAGAAAGUUCAGAUAGAAUGAUAUGAAAUGUGUCGGUUUUAUUUUGUUAUUGAAAUCUGCAAUAGGAGUGGUUGUUUUUCAAAACGUUGAGAUAGAAGGGAAUAAAGUUAGAUUCUUAUGGUGAUAUUGAAACGAUUAUUAGACUUUUAUUCUAUUUCGAUAGGAUUUCAUAUUUUGUUUUGAUAAUCAAACUGCACAAAAUGUUUACUCUGCUAUAUGCAAAGCUGUAGUAAAUGUUAACUUUCCUAUUUCGUCUGUAAACUGCAAUAUCAACCCUGUGUAUUGUAUAUAUGAAAGAACCUGAAUGACAAGGGUUUUGAUUGGUACAAACCCUGCAGAAUGGUGUUCAAAUCAACUAGAUAAUGUACUGGUAGACUGAAUCAAUACAGGUGUGUCAUCGAGCCAUGGCUACUUCCACUGUAAGCCCUGAAUGUGUAUCCAAAUCGGAUUGAACUCUUAUAACUACAGAACAAGUUGCUUUACAGGAAGCUUUCAAGGUUUUUAGGUAUUCAUCUAUUUGAGUUCAUGAUGCUCAUGACAACCAAACUGAAUCUUUUAAUAAUUUAUGAAGAAGUUGCUAAACAAAAUGACUUCAAUUGUCUCCAGAGCUACAUGUACAUGUAGUAGGGUUCAUAAUCUUCAUAACAAUACUGAUUCAUCCAAAUUUGAUAUUUUCUUUGCUAGAGGCCUUAAAAGUUCCAGAGCCAAGUGUAGAAGGGUUCAUACAUGUAAACGUUACCUAACAAGAUGCUUUGCUAGAUGCAUUAAAGGUUUCCAGAUCAGUUAAAUGAUGAUGCCUUGAAAAUGGGUAGUCACAUUCUCAAAGCCCCAAAUGCCAUUUCUUUUAGCACAUUUUCAUUUUUUCAUGCUUUGCUCUACUUUUCCAUAAUCAAAUCUCUGUAGUGAAAAUACUUUCCAGAUGUGAAAGCUGAAUUUUCUCAUAACCAUGUUGAUUUUUAGAACUAUGCUCUUGGUGUACAUUGCACCUUAUUGCUAAGGACAUCAGUUUGGUUGCUAAGGUGCCUGGGACAGGCUAGGACUAGCACGUAUGCCUUUUUUUAUUGUAUGGUAUCCUAAAACUGAUAUUUCUAUUUUCUGAUGCAUGAAAGUUACUCGUUAUAGAGUCACCAUCAAUUUUAUUGUAUUUAUGUGAAAUGCAUUUAUGUGUUUGUUACUCUAUUUUAUUUUUGAAUUCUUAUGCAUGUGUAGACUCUAGAAGAGUCUUUGUCUUAUUCAAAGAGUAUUAUAUCCCGCAAUCCCUUUCUGUCCCGAAGUAGCUCUUUCAUGUUCUAAACCUGACGCAGAUGUUCUCUAGUAAAUUGGUACUACCUAUUGAUUUACAGGUCCAUGUAUGCAGAGCUCUGCACUGACUUCUUGCACUGGCGUCCAGAUUGUUAUUCUAAGGUCUGUUUGCAUAAGGCCCUCGUUUAAUAUCCUAAAUGUUGGGGCUUCUGAGUGAAAAUGUCUGCAAUGGGCGUCUGUUAGUGUCAGGCUCUGAUGUAUGUCAUCUGUAAUUAUGAUGAUCUAUUAAUUAGCUGCUUUAUAGUUAAUGUUAGGAGGAGAUGAAACCCAUUCACACCAAAGUGUGAAACCCAUCGAGACAAAAACAGUAUAUGCUCUGAUGAGAACUAUUUACCCCAAUCAAGACAUUAUGUAUUGAUCAUAAUCACUGUGAUAAAUAGUUAAGAGUAAUGAUCUUAGGCAGUUCCUAUUGGAAUAUAAUUUUUACUAUGAAUACUCAAAGUAUACUCUGAACAUUAUGCAGAUUAUCCAUUUCAAUAUCAACACAAAAUAACUACCUUAUGUAAUGUUUCACUGUAAUGUGCUUUUGCUUUGCUACCUGAGAUAUGCUAUCAUUUGUUUUUCUGCUACUUGUUCAUCUAUUACUUGAAUCUUUUGUUUAUUUAUUUCAGACUAUGUUGAGGUAAGACCAUUUUAUAGGCACACAUAUCAUUAACAUGAUUAGCUUACUACACUGUCACUGAAUGUGAUGGAUCAGAAAUAUGUCAUUUGGGAAAGUAUUUUACUUUUAGUUUAUUUUAAUCUUAUGAAUAGUUAUAGCCAAAGACUAACAUUUUUGUUGUUGAAUAAAAGUCAAUCUAUUAGAUGAUGCAACAGACAUCAUUCAGAAGCAGAAACUAAACCUGUUGAGAUCUUUCAACUCUACCUGAAGAACAAGAAACAUUUAUGCCGGAAUGGAAUUACAUGAAGAUAGAGUCAAACCUGUCUAUUAACGACAGCCCAAGGGAAACACAAAAAGUGGUCUUUGUAGACAGGUUACUUAGUACAUGUUUCAAUGAAAAAAACAUUUUCAAGGGAACCAAUAUAUAUGUGGUCUGUGUAGACAGGUGGUCACUAAAGCAGGUUUGACUGUACAGUGAUAUGACUGGCAAAUGAUGUCCUAUAUACAUAUAUUUUUUCAGUAUUAUCCUCACUUAUAUGUACUUGGCCCUAUAUGUUCAUAUUGAUAUGUUCAUAAUUCAAAUGUAAAGAAAGGAAAUACAGAUUGCGCAAAUGUAUCUCAACAUUUCAAAUCUCAUAUCAAAUAUCAAUGAUAUACUUUUGUUAUAUUUAUAAAGCAUAUUUUAUGAUGAUAAAUUAAUGCUAAAGGAAUACAAUUUAUCGCAUGUAAUGCACAUGGAAUAGAUACUAAUCCAACAUCAAAUACAGAUGAGUUGCUUGAAUCGUGAUUGCUUCAGAAGUUUCUUUUAAUGCUUAUUGAGUAACAAAUUUGGCUGGGUUGUUAAACAAAGCAUCCAAGUAUCCAAAGGAAUUACAGAUUGCUCAAAUAUAUAUGAACUUGUAAACUCUCAUAUUAAUAAUUGAAUUAACAUGUGUUUAUAUAGCACAUUGUACGAUUAGAAAUUGAUAUUAAAGGAAUACAAUUUAGUGCAUCCAAUGCUCAUGAAAUAGAUUCUGAUCUAACAUCAAA